UUACAUCCAAAGAUCAACUGAACCUAGAACAUAGAUACAGAGACACUUGUCAUCAGGAAGGUGCUCCCUCAGCGCAACGGAAAAUAUCUCAAUGACUUGAUAUGUUCUGGUUGUGAAUUCAGGCUACAAGGGGUCAGUUCUCUAAAAUGAGUCUCUCUGGAGCAAGAAAGAAGGGGGGCCCUGCCUCCAAAAUGAGACUCUCUGGGGAACAUGACACCAAAGCUAAGAGUCCAAUCAAGCAGGAGAGACCAGCCUCCCCUGUUCCCAGCUGUGUGUCCAUGAAGAGUGACCGGUCUAUGAUGCAUCCUAUAGUGUUUAGAGAGGGAGACUUUUCUACUGAACAAAGCCCAAUCAAGCAGGAGAGACCAGCCUCCCCUGUACCCAGCUGUGUGUCCAUGAAGAGUGACUGGUCUAUGAAUCCUCCUAUAUCCUUUAGAGAGGGAGAUUUUUCUACUGAACAAAGAAACCAACAGGAGAGAUCAGAGUCAGAGAUUCUCAGUGGUCAGUCUUCCCAGAGUCGUCAAACAGACCUGGACUCCAUAUUCAGUAUGCUUGAAGAUAAUAUUAUGACAUUUGUGAAGAACGAGCUGAAGAUGUUCAAGAGGAUUCUUAGUCCAGAACUCCCAGAAGGCUUUGAGAGUCAGAAGCAGGAUAAGGAAGUGGUGGAUGCUGAAGAUGAGAAGCAGGAGAGCAGUGCCAGAGAGGGGGCUCUGAAGAUCACACUGCACGUCCUGAGGAAAAUGAACCAGAAGGAGCUUGCUGACACACUGGAGAAAUAUUCAGAUGAGCUUGCUGUGAUUUGCCAACUUGAACUCAAAUCUAAUCUAAAGAAGAAGUUUCAAUGUGUAUUUGAGGGGAUCGCUAAACAAGGAAACCCAACACUUCUCAAUAAGAUCUACACAGAGCUCUAUAUCACAGAGGGUGGAACAGGAGAGGUCAAUAAUGAACAUGAGCUGAGACAGAUUGAGACAACAAACAGGAAAAAAGCAAGACCAGAGACUGCAAUCAAAUGUAACGACAUCUUCAAACCCUUAACUGGACAAGACAAACCUAUCAGAACUGUGCUGACAAAGGGAGUCGCUGGCAUUGGAAAAACAGUCUCUGUGCAGAAGUUCAUUCUGGACUGGGCUGAAGGAAAAGCAAAUCAGGAUGUCCAAUUUGUAUUUUCAUUCCCUUUUCGGGAGCUGAAUUUGAAGAAGGACAAACACACUUUCAUUGAACUUCUCAAUCACUUCUCAAUGGAAACCAAACAAUCAGGAAUCUCCAACUACGACAAGUACAAAGUUCUGUUCAUCUUUGAUGGUCUGGAUGAGUGCCGACUGCCCCUAGACUUCCAGAAGAACAAGAUCUGUUGUGACGUCACAGAGUCAACCUCAGUGGAUGUUCUGCUGACAAAUCUCAUCAGGGGAAAUCUGCUCCCCUCUGCUCUCCUCUGGAUAACUACCUGACCUGCAGCAGCCAAUAAGAUCCCUUCAGAAUGUGUUGACCAAGUGACAGAGGUACGAGGGUUCAAUGACCCACAGAAGGAGGAGUACUUCAGGAAGAGAUUCAGUGAUGAGGACCUGGCCAGCAGAAUCAUCUCACACAUAAAGACAUCAAGGAGCCUCCACAUCAUGUGCCACAUUCCAGUCUUCUGUUGGAUUUCUGCAACAGUCCUUGAACACAUGCUGAAACAUAAGAGAGAAGAGAUGCCCAAGACUCUGACUGAGAUGUACACACACCUUGUGGAGUUUCAUACCAAACAGAAGAAUGAAAAGUAUCUUGGGAAAGAAGAGACAGGUCCACACUGGAAUAAAGAGAGCAUUCUGUCACUGGGAAAACUGGCUUUUCAACAGCUUGUGAAAGGCAAUCUGAUUUUCUAUGAAGAAGACCUGAAAGAGUCUGGCAUUGAUGUUAAUGACACCUCAGUGUACUCAGGAUUGUGCACACAGCUCUUUAAAGAGGAAUGUGGGCUGUACCUGAACAAGGUGUACUGCUUUGUUCAUCUGAGCAUUCAGGAGUUUCUGGCUGCUGUAUAUGUGUGCCUCUCAUUCAUCAACAACAAUGAGAAUCUAAUGGACAAACUGAAAACAAACGACGAGCCUGAAAUUGCUUUCUACAAGGGUGCUGUGGAUAAAGCCUUACAAAGUGAGACGGGAAACCUGGACCUUUUCCUUCGCUUCCUUCUGGGCCUCUCACUGGAGUCCAAUCAGAAGCACUUACGAGGUCUACUGACAAAGACAAGAAGCAGCUCACAGAGCCAUGAAGAAACAAUCAAGUACAUCAAGGAGAAGAUCAGGGAGAAUCCCUCUCCAGAGAGGAGCAUCAAUCUGUUCCACUGUCUGAAUGAACUGAAUGACCAUUCUCUAGUGGAGGAGAUCCAAAGAUACCUGAGAUCAGGAAGUCUCUCUAGGUUCAAACUGUCACCUGCACAGUGGUCAGCUCUGGUCUUUGUGUUGCUGACUUCAGAAAAGGUGCUGGAUGUGUUUGACCUGAAGAAAUACUCCAGAUCAGAGGAAGGUCUUCUGAGGCUGCUGCCAGUGGUCAAAGCCUCCCGAGCUGUUCUGCUGUCAGGCUGUGGAGUCACAGAGGAAGGCUGUGCUUCUCUGGUCUCUGCUCUGGAGUCAAACCCCUCACACCUGAGAGAGCUGGACCUGAGUAACAAUGACCUGAAGGAUUCAGGAGUGAAGCUGCUCUCUGCUGGACUGGGGAAUCCCCACUGUAAACUGGAGACUCUGAGUUCAGUAUUCCUGAAGCUGUCAGGCUGUCUAGUCACAGAGGAAGGCUGUGCUUCUCUGGUCUCAGCUCUGAGGUCAAACCACUCACACCUGAGAGAGCUGGACCUGAGCUACAAUCACCCAGGAGACUCAGGAGUCAGACUGCUCUCUGCUGGACUGGAGGAUCCACACUGCAGACUGGAGAAACUCAAUGUGGAACAUGGUGGAGAGAACAGAAUGAAACCUGGGCUUAGAAAAUAUGUCUGUGAUCUCACACUGGACCCAAACACAGUAAACAGACUCCUCUCUCUCUCUGAGGAGAACAGAAACGUGACAUGUAGGAGAAAGAAGCAGCCGUAUCCUGAUCACCCAGAGAGAUUUGAGAACUGUGAACAGGUGAUGUGUAGAGAGGGUCUGACUGGGCGCUGUUACUGGGAGGUAGAGUGGAGUGGGAGAGGGGCUGGUAUAGUAGUGACAUAUAAAGGAAUCAGCAGGAGAGAAGGGGGUAAUGACUGUGGUCUUGGAUGGAAUGGCAAGUCCUGGAGUCUGGUCUGCACUGACAACCGUUACUAUGCCUGGCACAAUAAAAAUCGGACUACCAUAGACGUCCGCCCCUCCAGCCCCCACAGAGUAGGAGUGUAUCUGGACUGGCCAGCCGGCACUCUGUCCUUCUAUAGAGCCUCCUCUGACACACUGACCCACCUGAUCACAUUCACCUCCACAUUCACUGAGCCCCUCUAUCCAGGGAUUAGGGUUUGGGGUGAUGGCUCCUCAGUGUCAAUAAUCACCUGACACACACACACACACACUGACCCACCUGAUCACAUUCACCUCCACAUUCACUGAGCCCCUCUAUCCAGGGUUUAGGGUUUGGGGUGAUGACUCCUCAGUGUUAAUAAUCACCUGACAAACAAACUGGACAAACACACACACACACACACACUGACCCACCUGAUCACAUUCACCUAUCUAUCCCUCUAUCCAAACACACACUGGACAAACACACACACACACAC